AUGUUUUGCUUUCUGGUGUUGACCUGUGCGCUUUGCAUGGGAGGGGCUGCGGGACAAAGAGAUGGUGAAAUUAUAAGUCAGAUUAAAAUGACAAACCUUGUCCUGUCCGAGAUAAAAGAGCUUAUGAAACAGCAGAUUAAAGAGAUCGUAUUCCUGAAGAACACAGUGAUGGAGUGUGAAGCCUGUGGGAUGGGAGGGGGGCUGCCGCGUCCUUCCUGUGUCCCCAACCCCUGCCACCCUGGGGUGCAGUGCACGGAGACGCCUCGUGGUCCAAGCUGCGGGCCCUGUCCGGAGGGCACGACGGGUAACGGCACCCACUGCACUGAUGUGGAUGAGUGUUCUGUGAUACCGUGUCACAUGGGCGUGCGGUGCAUCAACACCUUGCCGGGAUUCCGUUGCGGUUCCUGCCCCGCAGGGUACACAGGACCUCAGGUGCAAGGAGUCGGUCUCGCGUACGCCACUGCUAACAAACAGGUGUGCGUGGACAUCGAUGAGUGUGACAACGCCAACAAUGGCGGUUGUGUACAGAACUCCAUCUGUAUGAACACUCCGGGUUCGUUCAGGUGCGGCCCCUGCAAAAAGGGCUACGUGGGGGACCAGCGACUCGGCUGCAAGCCCGAGAGGGCAUGUGGGAACGGCCACCCGAGCCCCUGCCACGCCAACGCUGAGUGCAUCGUCCACCGAGACGGCAAGAUUGAAUGUCAGUGUGGAGUCGGUUGGGCUGGCAACGGCUUCCUGUGUGGAUCAGACAUCGACAUUGACGGAUUCCCUGAUGAUAAGCUGGACUGUCCCGAGAGAAACUGUGCCAAAGAUAAUUGCCUCACUGUACCCAACUCUGGUCAGGAAGAUGCUGAUGGUGAUGGAAUUGGAGAUGCCUGUGAUGAGGACGCAGACGGGGAUGGAAUACCCAACACACAGGAUAACUGCGUGCUCGUGUCCAACGUGGACCAAAGGAACAUCGACGAAGACGACUUUGGUGAUGCUUGUGAUAACUGCCGUGCAAUCAAAAACAACGAUCAAAAGGACACCGACGUGGACAAGUUUGGCGAUGAAUGCGAUGACGAUAUUGACGGGGAUGGAAUCCCGAAUCACCUGGAUAACUGCAAACGGGCUCCCAACGCCGACCAGAAAGAUCGCGAUGGAGACAAAGUUGGAGACGCCUGCGAUAGCUGCCCUUAUGUUCCCAAUCCGGACCAGUUGGAUGCAGACAACGAUCUUAUCGGAGACCCAUGUGACACCAACAAAGACAGCGAUGGCGACGGUCACCAAGACUCUCGAGACAACUGCCCGGCCGUCAUCAACAGCUCCCAGUUGGACACGGAUAAGGACGGCAAGGGAGACGAGUGCGAUGACGACGACGACAACGAUGGCAUUCCCGAUCUGCUUCCACCGGGUCCCGAUAACUGCAGAUUAAUCCCGAACCCUCUGCAGGAGGACUCUGAUGGCAACGGCAUCGGUAAUGUGUGUGAAAAAGAUUUCGACAACGACACCAUCAUCGACACCAUUGACGUUUGUCCUGAAAACGCCGAGGUCACGCUCACCGACUUCAGGGAGUACCAGACUGUGGUCUUAGAUCCAGAGGGCGACGCACAAAUCGACCCUAAUUGGGUGGUGUUGGAUCAGGGACGAGAAAUUGUCCAGACGAUGAACAGCGAUCCCGGAUUGGCAGUCGGUUACACGGCUUUCAGUGGUGUCGAUUUUGAAGGGACGUUUCACGUCAACACGGUGACAGACGACGACUACGCGGGAUUUAUUUUCGGCUACCAGGACAGCUCCAGUUUCUACGUGGUCAUGUGGAAGCAAGUGGAACAGAUCUACUGGCAAGCGAACCCGUUCAGAGCCGUGGCAGAACCGGGAAUACAACUGAAGGCUGUGAAGUCCAACACAGGCCCAGGUGAGAACCUGAGGAACGCCCUGUGGCACACCGGCGACACCAGCGACCAAGUGAAACUGCUAUGGAAAGAUGCUCGCAAUGUUGGCUGGAAGGACAAGACGUCUUAUCGCUGGUUCCUGCAGCACCGACCCGCCGAUGGAUACAUCAGGGUUCGAUUCUAUGAGGGUCCUCAAAUGGUGGCAGACACAGGGGUAAUAAUAGACGCUACGAUGAGAGGAGGUCGACUUGGAGUCUUCUGCUUCUCCCAGGAGAACAUCAUCUGGGCCAACCUGCGUUAUCGCUGCAAUGACACUCUACCAGAAGACUUCGACACUUACCGAGUCCAGCAGGUUCAACUGGUGUCUUGA